AUUCCUCGCUGCCGCUCACACUUUUCCCGCCGCGUCCCUGUCAUCCCCCCUCCUCCCCUUCGACGUGUCUUCUUCCAACACUAUCAGAUUUUAUUACGACGCCCGGGCGCCCUUCCGGUUGCUUCUUCUCCCCGAAGCGACUGCGACGGCUAUAGACUUCUUCUCUACCUAAUAAUUGCUUCACGCGUCCUCCCGCGUGAUUCCCCGAGCCAGAUCUACAAUCCCGAUUCGCCCGUCGUCACUCUGGCGCCGCUCUCCCUCUAAACGGCAGUAGCUUACAGCGCCCCCUCUCCCUCCUUCCCAACGCCCAAAUCUUCUUCACUGAUUGAAAACUCGGUGGAUGGGGCUCACUACCAACACAAUGGCCGGCGCUGCUUCCAAUGGCGUCAACGGGACCCAUACCAAUGGCACUCCCUCCUCCGCCGCUGCAAAGUACGACCUGCCAGCUCAUUUCAUCGGCGGAACACAUCUCGCGGUUGCUUCGCCAGGAAAGGUGAAGGACUUUGUGGCUGCUCAUGGCGGUCACACGGUCAUUACGAAUGUUCUCAUUGCAAAUAACGGAAUCGCGGCCGUCAAGGAGAUCCGCUCAGUACGGAAAUGGGCAUACGAGACAUUCGGCGAUGAGCGGGCGAUCCAGUUCACCGUCAUGGCCACACCGGAGGACUUGCAAGCCAACGCGGAGUACAUCCGUAUGGCGGACAAGUACGUUGAGGUGCCGGGAGGCACCAACAACAACAACUACGCAAACGUCGAACUGAUCGUCGACGUUGCGGAGCGGAUGGAUGUACAGGCUGUGUGGGCAGGAUGGGGACAUGCCUCAGAAAACCCAAAACUCCCCGAGUCGCUCGCUGCCUCCCCCAAGAAGAUUGUCUUUAUCGGUCCACCCGGUUCCGCUAUGCGGUCACUCGGGGACAAAAUCUCCUCCACAAUCGUCGCACAACACGCAAAGGUGCCCUGUAUCCCGUGGUCAGGAGAGGGUGUGGACGAGGUCGAGGUCGACAAGAACGGAAUCGUGACUGUUCCUGACCAUGUAUACGCAAAGGGCUGCACAACCUCGCCAGAAGAAGGCCUGUUGAUGGCGAGAAAGAUCGGCUUCCCCGUCAUGGUCAAGGCUUCAGAAGGAGGUGGAGGCAAAGGCAUCCGAAAGGUCGACUCGGAGGAAGGCUUCGAACAGCUCUACCGUGCUGCUGCUAGCGAAAUUCCCGGCUCGCCCAUCUUCAUCAUGAAGCUUGCGGGAAGCGCUCGACAUUUAGAAGUCCAGCUUUUGGCCGAUCAGUACGGCAACAACAUCUCUCUUUUCGGCAGAGAUUGUUCCGUGCAGCGACGUCAUCAGAAGAUUAUCGAGGAGGCCCCAGUCACAGUUGCAAACCAGAAGACUUUCCACGAGAUGGAAAAGGCCGCGGUUGCUCUAGGAAAGUUGGUUGGUUACGUGUCUGCUGGUACCGUCGAAUACCUCUACUCCCAUGCGGACGACAAAUUCUACUUCCUGGAACUCAACCCGCGUCUCCAGGUCGAGCAUCCGACUACGGAAAUGGUCAGCGGUGUGAACUUACCCGCUGCCCAGCUCCAGAUUGCGAUGGGCCUCCCUCUACACCGCAUUCGUGACAUUCGACUUCUCUACGGUGCCGAUCCCCAUUCGGCCACCGAGAUUGAUUUCGACUUCACCAAGGAGGGCAGCGCGCAGAACCAGCGUCGACCCACUCCCAAGGGACACACCACCGCCUGCCGUAUCACAUCCGAAGAUCCGGACGAGGGUUUUAAGCCAUCGAGCGGUACUAUGCACGAUCUCAACUUCCGAAGUAGCUCAAACGUCUGGGGUUACUUCUCCGUUGGUACUGCCGGUGGUAUUCACAGCUUCUCUGAUAGUCAGUUCGGUCAUAUUUUCGCUUAUGGCGAGAAUCGACAAGCGUCGCGGAAACACAUGGUUGUUGCGCUAAAGGAACUCAGCAUUCGUGGUGAUUUCCGAACUACCGUCGAAUACCUCAUUAAACUUUUGGAGACCCCGGCUUUCGAAGACAACACCAUUACAACUGGCUGGCUCGACGAGCUCAUCUCCAAGAAACUUACUGCUGAGCGACCUGAUCCUAUGAUUGCCGUCAUUUGCGGUGCUGUCACCAAGGCUCAUGUGGCUAGCGAUGCGUGCAUGACAGAGUACCGGACAAGCUUGGAGAAGGGUCAGGUUCCGGCGAAGGAUGUUCUCAAGACUGUCUUCCCCAUCGAUUUCAUAUACGAAGGCCAGCGAUACAAGUUCACUGCUACGCGAUCCAGCAUUGACAGCUACACUCUCUUCAUCAACGGAUCAAAGUGCGCAGUUGGCAUUAGGGCUUUGACCGACGGUGGACUCUUGGUUCUGCUUAACGGCAAGUCCCACAACGUGUACUGGAAAGAAGAGGUUGGAGCCACUCGCGUCAGUGUAGACGGCAAGACCGCUCUUCUCGAGCAGGAGAACGACCCCACUCAGCUCAGGACGCCCAGCCCUGGUAAGCUGGUCAAGUUCACAGUGGAGAAUGGCGAACACAUCAAGAAAAACCAAGCCUAUGCGGAAGUUGAGGUCAUGAAGAUGUACAUGCCUUUGAUCGCCGCAGAAGAUGGUGUCGUCAAUCUCAUCAAGCAACCCGGAGCCGUGCUCGAGGCCGGUGACAUUAUCGGUAUAUUGGCUCUGGAUGAUCCCAGCAAAGUCAAGUCUGCGCAACCGUUCUUGGGAUUACUACCAGAUUUCGGCCCGCCACAGGUCAUGGGUAACAAGCCACCUCAACGAUUCACGUACCUCAAUGGCGUGCUCCAAAACAUCCUACAAGGUUUUGACAACCAGGUCAUCAUGCAGAGUACCCUCAGGGAGCUUCUCGAGGUCCUCCGUGACCCGGAGCUUCCUUACGGCGAGUGGAAUGCUCAAGCAUCUGCUCUCCACGCACGCAUGCCCCAGAAGCUUGACACCACCCUCUCGCAGAUUGUGGAUAGGGCACACAGCCGAAAGUUGGAAUUUCCCGUCAAGCAACUUACCAAGGCCUUUCAGAAGUUCUUGGAAGAGAAUGUUUCGCCUAACGAUGCGGACUUGCUGAAGUCAUCCCUGACACCUCUUACCGACGUCAUUGCCCGCUACGCCGACGGUUUGAAGGUCCACGAGUACGCCAUCAUGACCAAGCUCAUCGACAUGUAUACCGACGUGGAGAGCCUCUUCUCCUCUCGCACCUCAAGAGACGAGGAGGUCGUUCUCAAGCUCAGAGAUGAGAAUAAGGAGAGCAUCAUAAAUGUCGUCCACACAGUUCUCUCACACACCAGGGUCAGCGCUAAGAACAACCUCAUCCUUGCCAUUUUGGAACUGUACAGGCCCAACAAGCCUGGCGUUGGCAACGUUGCUAAGUAUUUCAAGAGCACUUUGAAGAAGCUUACAGAGCUCGAGUCUCGCCAGACUGCCAAGGUCUCGCUGAAGGCUCGUGAAGUGCUGAUCCAAUGUGCCAUGCCAUCUCUCGAAGAGCGUACUUCACAGAUGGAACACAUCUUGCGGUCAUCUGUCAUCGAGUCCAGAUAUGGAGAGAGCGGUUGGGACCAUAGAGAACCAGACUUUGAUGUCAUCAAGGAGGUCGUGGACUCCAAGUACACCGUCUUCGAUGUGCUGCCGCAGUUCUUCGCUCACUCCGACCCAUGGGUUGCUCUCGCUGCGCUUGAGGUUUACACCCGCCGCGCAUAUCGUGCGUAUCAGCUGAAGGAGAUCAACUACCACACCGACAACGAGACGCCUUUUAUUCUCUCCUGGGACUUCUCGCUUCGCAAGGUUGGCGAGUCGGAAUUCGGCCUCCCGGUCGAAUCGUCUCAUCCUUCAACGCCGGGUACACCGGGCAGCUCAGCUGGGUUUCCGAAUCGUAUUCAUUCCAUCAGCGAUAUGACUUACCUCCAGUCCCGCAUGGAUACAGAGCCCACGCGCAAGGGUGCAGUCGUUCCAAUUGAAUUCCUUGAUGAUGCUGAGGAAUACCUCAGCAAGGCUCUGGAGGUCUUCCCAUCCACGGCUCCCCGCAAGAAGACAUCGAAUGCCGGUCUGAUGGCCGACUUGUCCAAGGCACGCAAGCCCAGCGCCAAUCCGGGAACCAAGAUCGAGAACGAGGAUGAGUUGACUGGUGUCUGUAACAUUGCAGUCCGCGACUCUGAGAGCUUCGACGACGCUGAGAUUCUCGAGCGCCUCCUUCCAGUCGUCAAGGAAUACGCAGAGGAGUUGUUCGCAAGGCGGAUUCGACGUCUCACGUUCAUCUGCGGCCACAAGGAUGGAACUUACCCAGGAUACUUCACCUUCCGCGGGCCGAAGUACAUCGAAGACGAAAGCAUUCGUCACAUCGAGCCUGCUCUUGCUUUCCAACUUGAACUUGGCCGUUUGAACAAGUUCCACAUCAAGCCGGUCUUCACCGAAAAUCGGAAUAUCCAUAUUUACCAAGCGACUGGCAAAGGUGCUGAAAGCGACAAGCGAUACUUCACUCGUGCUGUUGUCAGGCCUGGCCGUCUUCGGGAGGAUAUUCCUACUGCAGAGUACAUGAUCUCUGAAGCUGAUAGGCUCAUGACGGAUAUCUUGGACGCCAUGGAAAUCAUCGGUGACAACCAGGCUGAUAUGAACCACAUCUUUAUCAACUUCUCAACCGUCUUCCCUCUCGAACCUUCAGAAGUUGAGGAGGCUAUUGCUGGUUUCUUGGAACGAUUCGGCCGUCGUCUUUGGAGGCUCCGUGUCACUGGUGCCGAAAUUCGCAUCAUCUGCACUGACCCAGCUACUGGCGUUCCCUACCCUCUCCGUGUUGUCAUCACGAACACAUCCGGUUACAUCAUCAACGUUGAGAUGUAUGUGGAGCGCAAAUCGGAGAGGGGCGGUCAAUGGCUCUUCCACAGCAUUGGUGGAACCACGAAGAUUGGCUCCAUGCACUUGCGACCCGUUUCAACUCCCUACCCAACCAAGGGUGCUCUACAGCCGAAGCGAUACAAGGCUCACAUCAUGGGUACUCAGUACGUCUACGACUUCCCUGAGCUCUUCAGACAGGCCGUGGAGAACAGCUGGACGAGCGCUGUUUCCAAGCAUCCGUAUCUCAAGGAGAAGCAACCUACCAAGGGCGAGUGCAUCGAGUACUAUGAGCUUGUUCUUGACGACAACGAGCAGCUGGCUGAAGUUAACCGCGAGCCCGGUGCCAAUAUAAUUGGUAUGGUCGGCUGGAUUUUGACAGUGAAGACUCCAGAGUAUCCCCGGGGCCGACGCUUCAUCAUCAUCGCCAACGAUAUCACCUUCAAGAUUGGUUCCUUUGGCCCACAGGAAGACAAGUUCUUCCACAAGUGCUCUGAGCUCGCUCGCAAGUUGGGCAUCCCCAGAAUUUACCUGUCUGCCAACUCGGGUGCCCGUAUCGGUCUUGCAGAAGAGCUGAUUCCUCACUUCUCCGUCGCCUGGAAGGACCCGACCAAGCCAGAGUCUGGCUUCGACUACCUGUACCUUACCGAGGAGAAGCACAAGCACUUUGUUGAUGGCCAGAGAAAAGAUGUGCUCACGGAGGCGAUCAAGGUUGACGGUGAAGUUCGACACAAAAUCACCACUAUCAUUGGUCAAGAGGAUGGCCUCGGUGUUGAAUCCCUACGUGGAUCUGGUUUGAUUGCUGGUGAGACUUCAAGGGCUUACGAUGAUAUCUUCACUAUCACUUUGGUCACUUGUCGGUCUGUUGGUAUCGGCGCUUACCUUGUACGCCUUGGUCAACGUGCUAUUCAGAUCGAGGGCCAGCCCAUCAUCCUGACUGGUGCUCCUGCCAUCAACAAGCUGCUUGGCCGAGAAGUCUACACUUCUAACCUGCAACUUGGUGGCACUCAGAUCAUGUACAAGAACGGUGUGUCGCAUAUGACUGCCAAUGAUGACUUCGAGGGUGUCUCGAAAAUCGUCAAGUGGAUCUCGUAUGUGCCCGACAAGAAGGGCAACCCCGUCCCCAUCUCGCCUACCACUGACGACUGGGACCGCGAUGUCACUUUCUUCCCACCACUUAAGGCGCCUUAUGAUGUGAGGCACUUGAUCGCCGGUAAGGAAGAAUCAGAGGGAUUCCUAUCUGGUCUAUUCGAUCGCGACUCCUUUGAGGAGACUCUUGGUGGAUGGGCCAGGACAGUCGUCGUUGGCCGUGCUCGUCUAGGCGGCAUUCCCGUUGGUGUCAUUGGCGUUGAGACCCGAUCAGUCGAGAAUGUUACCCCAGCUGAUCCUGCCAAUCCGGAUUCCAUCGAACAAGUCACCUCCGAGGCUGGUGGUGUCUGGUAUCCCAACUCAGCAUACAAAACGGCCCAGGCCAUCCGCGACUUCAACAACGGCGAGCAGCUCCCUUUGAUGAUCCUUGCCAACUGGCGGGGUUUCUCCGGUGGCCAGCGCGACAUGUACAACGAGGUCCUCAAGUACGGCUCCAUGAUCGUCGACGCUCUCGUCAAGUACGAGCAGCCCAUUUUCGUCUACAUUCCCCCCAACGGCGAACUCCGUGGUGGCUCCUGGGUCGUCGUCGACCCGACCAUCAACGCGCAAUACAUGGAAAUGUACGCCGACGAAGACUCCCGCGGCGGUGUCCUCGAGCCCGAGGGCAUUGUGGGUAUCAAGUUCAGGAAGGACCGCCAGCUCGAGACCAUGGCCCGCUUGGACCCGACCUACGGCGACCUCAAGCGCAAGCUCAACAACGCCGCGACCCCGCAGGCCGAGCUCGCCAGCAUCAAGGCCAAGAUGACGGAGCGCGAGCAGCUCCUCCUCCCCGUCUACGCGCAGGUCUCGCUGCAGUUCGCUGACCUCCAUGACCGUGCGGGUCGCAUGCAUGCGAAGGGCACUAUCCGCUCUGCGCUCCGCUGGCAGAACGCUCGUCGCUUCUUCUACUGGCGUCUUCGUCGCCGUCUCAACGAGGAGUACAUCCUCAAGCGUGUUGCGCUUGCGGCAGCUCCUUCCUCCAACGGUGCAACCGUCUCAUCACCUGACCCAGCUAUGCGGGCGAGGGGCUUGGAGAUGCUGAAGGCGUGGAGCCAGAUCCCGAAGUUCGACACGGACGAUCGGAGUGUCGCGGUGUGGUAUGAGGAGCACCGGAAGGAGGUACACAACAAGGUUGAGGGCCUGAAGAGAGAAGGUGUGGCGAUGGAGGUGGCGAGUUUGUUGAGGAGGGAUCGUGAGGGCGGGUUGAGGGGAGUUGUGCAGAUGCUGGCGACGCUGCCGACGGGGGAGAAGGAGGAGGUGCUUAAGGCGCUUGCGAGGGCGUAGAGAGGGAGAGGUUGAGAGUGGAGAUUGUAUAAAAUUUCUUAGUUGUGUUUUGUUUGAGAGAGCAGUGUGGGUUUGAAAUGGGAGUUUGGGUGGGAUGGGGGUUGUGUAUCAUUGUUAGCGUGUUCAUUUGAUUGAGUUUCUUCAUUCCUGGGGUUGUUUUGUUGGUGACAUUUUGGAAUGGUAGAUGGAAUCACGUCUUCCUGAAUUAUCCCAGUCACCUUGCAGUGAGUGAUAACGAGUUUCGUGCUUAGUAGGUAUAGUUACUAAAAAUCGCCUUUAUAAGUAUCUAGGAUUGUGUUAAUAUUUUUAAACGUUUCAUAAUAAUCUUUCAGG